AUGCUCAAAUGUAGCAUCGACCUGGAAGUGGACAUGGCAACAGUGCAACCUUUGACUACAAAUACCUUUUCUCCGCGAAUCACCGACAAAGGCAAAGGAGUCUUUGAACUUGAGGGUUGCGUGGAUGAAAUUCAGGUGCUGACCUGUUCUGACCCUUCUGCAGCGAUGACCAUUGGCCCUCGAGACUAUUCUGGGAACAAUGGCACUGUCAGGUGUCGCAAUCUCGGGUUUUACACAGACAGUGAGCGGUUACUCGACGGCAAAAAAUACAAGGUUUACUGCACUAGUAUACCUACUAUUACUUCUACUACUACUACUACGAUUAGCUCUACAUCCUCUACAAGUGUUACAACUACUGCUCUCACUACGAUUGCAUCUACGACCACUACUGCUAUCCCUUCUACUUUAACUACUUUCGAUACCACCACCGUUGCACUCGGGUCUGAAAUACCUUCAGCUCCUACUUUAAAUACUACGACUGAUGACCUUAUAACAAAUGAGAGUUUGGUCACUUCCAGCACUAUGACUGACAACACCACACCGGUUACUGACAGCACUACUGACAUCGCGGGCGCUGCUGACAACAACGGUACGUCGGACAACAGUAAGUAUACGUUUUAUGAAAUAGCAAGAGAAUACAAGGUUAUUCCCUCUUCCACGGUUCGCGCAGGGAAUGACGUCACCGCCAGUGGAAUCGGUGGAUACAGACGUAAAGGUAUUUGA